CUGCGACCUGCGCCUUUUCUCCUUUGCUCUCCCAGGCACUUUCCUCUUCGCGAGCGAUGGCGUCCGAGACGGCGAAAGAGCAGAACAGCUCCUCCUCCCCCGUGAAAUGCCUGGCCGUGUGGAGCAAGUCCCGCCGGAGGUUCCUGAUCGCGCAGGCCGCGCUCAGGGUGCUGGCCUUCGCCGCGGCGUCGACCGCGCUCGCGGUGAUGAUCACCAGCGACGAGUCCAUCGUCCUGUUCGGCAUCAAGUUCCGAGCUUACUACAGCUACGCCUCCGCUUUCAGGUUCUUGCUGGGUGCGGAUGCGGUAGUGUGCGGCUUCUCAUUGCUGUCGCUGAUUCUGCUUCGCCUCGUCAGUCGUUCAGGAUCGAAUCCCAGGAACUACUUCUUCCUGUUCUUGCACGAUUUGGCAAUAACAGUGCUGAUGAUAUCUGCAUGUGCGGCGGGGACGGCUAUCGGAUAUGUGGGUCGUUACGGGGAGGAGAAAAUGGGUUGGUUUGGCCUUUGCAACAGAGUGACCAAGUUCUGCAACCAAGUGAUGGUCUCGGUUGUUUUCUCAUAUUUGGCCUUCUUCUGCUACCUAGCUCUUGCCAUCACAUCCGCCAACAAGCUCUCGUCUCAUCCCCUUGAGUGACUUUGAAGAGUUUCGACACGGGAAGAGGGAUAUUGACUCUUGGUUUCUUCUUCUGCUAAUCCUUUUCGUCUUCCACUAGAGAUCACAGUUUAGUUCGCCUUCUUUAGACGUGUCUAAAUAUUUUUGUUAAUUGGAGAUGGAGGAGUUACCUAUUUAAUCAUUAUGAGCUUGUCUUUUUCACAUCUGUGUAGAUGUGUGUAGACAAGUUGUUCAUAACAGGUAAGAGUUCUUUUGGCGUCUGUGGUCUUGUUCUUUUAGUGUCCAUCAUAUUGUGGGUUAGGUGAUGUUUAUGAAAUCUGCCUGCGUAUAUUCUGGCUUGCUA